AUGGCAGCUGUGAACGUCCUUGAACGGCAUUUUUCGAGAUUGUGGACCGAGUGUCAGAACUGCGCCAAAACAAUGCACGAUAAGGUAUCCUGUGCAGCUCGUGAUUGUCCUCUCUACUAUAUGCGGGAAAAAGUGCGAGGUGAUCUGCGUGAUGCCCACACAGCUUUGAAUCGUUUUGGAGACUCGUCUUGGUAG